UGUUGUUUUUUUUUUAUAAAGAAGGAAUUGUUCUUAAAACUUUGUGAUUAUUUGUGUCUCUGUGAAAGGUAUGAGGAGUUAGAGGAUGGCUGAAACUGAGAGCAGCUCGGAGCAGAACUCCAUACACUCUGAUCCACACCAUGAGACAGAAUCAGGAGCCGAGGGUUCGAGUCCUGCAGCCGAAGCGGACUGUCUGUCUGCUGCACAGAAAGAUGUCCUGGAGCGCUGUCUCCAUGCGCUCACUCACGCCAAAAAUGACAGCCACGUUCUGGCAGCUCUACUCCUGAUUACACGGUUGUGUCCCGCCAAUCAGCUGGAUCGUGCGACGCUGCAUCGAGUCUUUGAAGCGGUGGGAUUUAACCUUCCUGCACGCCUGCUCGUGACGGCGAUCCGAGGGGGCGAGAGCUCCGGGCUUCCUCCCGAGGAGCUGCUGUCUCUUGGUACCGCUUUGCUGGCUGCUUUAAGCACAGACCCGGAAAUGGCCAGUCAUCCCCAGCUGCUUAGCACCGUCCCGCUCGUUCUGGGUCUGCUGGAAGGUGGAGCGCCGGUCAGCCAGAAGCGAGUCCGGUGUGACACUGGAGUGUCUGAGAAGACGCUUUCCAGUCCUGCGUCACAUCAGAGCAGCAAAAGCACUCCGGGAAUGCAAGCACCAACAAGUCCUUCAGGGUUAGAGGACAGAGAUGAGGCGGGCCAGCCUCCCGCAUGCACCCUGGAUGAUGCGGUGGCAGCUGACUGCUAUCAGGUCCUGAGCUCUUUGUGCGCCCUGCCGCGAGGCCCGGAUCGUCUGCUGUCCCGCGGUGCUAUUCCGGCUCUGUGCAGGGCCGUGUCUCACAAGCAGGCUCUUAGCUAUGAGAAGGGUCUUCCGCUCCUGGCUCAUCUCCUAUCCAGCAGUGUUAGGCAGCGAGCCUGGAGCAAACACCCAUCAGAACUGCUCUCUCUCCUCAAUCACAUCACCCAGAACUUUAGCCAGACUUCGGAUCUGCAGCGUCUGGAGAUGUGCGCUCAGAUACCGCAGUUUCUUCCGCCGCCUGGAGGCGAGCCAACGAAUCAAGAGCUCAGGGAUGCGGUCGGUCGUCUUUGGGCAACGUUACGCCCGGCGGUUCAGGGGAAGCUCGGCUUGGAGCAGCUGGGCCACGUUCUGGUGCUGUCUGCUUGCCUGCUGGACUUGUGUGGUUGGGAUCCAGCAGGUCCGCCGAAGUUCUGCUGCCUGCUAGUGAACCGGGCUUGCGUGGAGGUGAGGAUGGCGCUAGAGGAGCCUCCGAGUGUGAUGCUAACGGCUCAGCAGCAGCACACGCUCACCGCCUGCUACCGCAUCCUGGAAGCAGCGAUGGAGCAGGCGUGCAUCACGGAGGAGAGCAGGAGUCCUCCUCAGCCGGGGGUCGCCAUUGCAGGUUUGAGUCUGCAGCAGAGCAGGCAGGUGCUGGGGGUCUUAGAGGAAGCUUUUUCUGCUGUGAUUUACUACCUGAAACAGGUGGAACCGAGCCAGUACGACGACCCCUUCGUUUUUGCGACGUUCCGCUCUCUGUGCGCCUGGUUGGCCGAGGAGACGUCAUGUUUAAAGGAAGACAUCGUAGCCCUGUUGCCCUUCCUCAUUACCUACACCAAACAUCACCUACAAGACAAGAAAGACAAGGGGCUGGCUGACUGGAUGUCAGAGAUGUCAGUCACCGAUGGCUCACAAGCUGAACCGUGGAAAAACGAGCAAGUGCUAAGAUAUCUCCUCCCAGCACUCUGCCACCUGUCGGCCGAGGAAGGCCCGAGGAAGGUGCUGCUCUCUCUGGACACUCCGGCUUUACUGGUGGACUAUCUCACCCGCGGCUGGAGGGUCCUGAAGACUCAGAGCGGGAAGACGGUACGCAGAGAUCCAAGUUUGGAAACGGCCUGCUCCGCCCUGCUCAACUUUGUUGUCACGGAGCCUGAGCGAGUCAGGACUGAUGCUUGCUUCGCCUCCCUUGAUGCAUUACUGAGUGAAGCGCUCCCGAUCAUCCUUCACAAGUCACGUCUGUUGGUUCUGACAGCCAACUUCUGCACUCUGGGUCUAAUGAUUAACAGAUUAAAACCGACCUUAACAGGUCUGGGGAAUUCCAAUCAGCAGCAAUUCUUCUCCUCCGCCCUGCGUUUCCUUCGGGGGGCGCUACAGGCGGUCGAGGGGGAGAGCCAGGCACGAGUCUCCCCAGUGUGGGCACCGUGGUGGGACGAGGUGUGUGAGCUCUGGAGGCUCAGUCUGCAGGCUCUGGGCAGCUGCGUGAAAGUGCAGCCCUGGAUAACCACCAUCAUCAGAGAGGAGGGCUGGCUGCAGAACAUCCUCAGCCUCCUGGAGUCCUGCUAUAGUCUCCCCGAUCCACAAACACAGGAAGCCCUGGAGGAGGCUCUGUGUGCCAUCGCACAGGAGUGCACAAUUUGUCGCCAAGAUGUUAGUGUACACAUGAACAGGGGGGCAGAGGACUCGCUCCACUGCAUGUCACAGCUGAGGAAGAUUCUAGUGAGCUAAGAGCAUGAGCUGUUGGGUAAUAACUAAUAUGUCACGUUCACAUUACUCAUCUGCCAAACGGUUUCUAAAGUUGUUGAUUUAUAAUGCAGAGAUUUAAUAAAAAUAUUUUGC